AUGGGUAUUAAACAUCUAUACCAGGUCAUCUCCGAAAAUGCCCCCGAUGCGAUCAAGACGGGCGAGAUCAAGAAUCACUUUGGCCGCAAGGUCGCCAUUGAUGCGUCGAUGAGCAUCUACAGUUUCCUGAUCGCCGUUCGCUCGGAAGGUCAGCAGCUGAUGAGCGAGUCGGGAGAGACGACUUCCCACUUGAUGGGUAUGUUCUACCGUACGCUCCGAAUGGUGGACAACGGUAUCAAGCCUCUUUACGUGUUCGACGGUGCUCCCCCGAAACUCAAGUCUGGCGAAUUGGCGAAGCGUGUUGCACGUAAGGCGGAGGCUCACGAAGCUCACGAGGAGGCCAAGGAAACCGGUACCGCCGAAGACAUUGAAAAGUUCUCUCGACGGACGGUCCGCGUGACCCGUGAGCACAAUGCGGAGUGUAAGAAACUUCUCGAGCUGAUGGGAAUUCCUUUCAUCAAUGCGCCCACAGAAGCUGAGGCUCAAUGCGCUGUCCUGGCGCGUGCGGGCAAGGUAUAUGGCGCUGCGUCUGAGGAUAUGGACACCCUAUGCUUCGAGUCGCCAAUCCUCUUGCGCCACCUCACCUUCAGUGAGCAGCGCAAGGAGCCCAUUCAGGAAAUUCAUCUGGAUCGGGCGCUUGAGGGCCUGAACAUGGAUCGUGCACAGUUCAUUGACCUCUGCAUUCUUCUGGGCUGUGACUAUCUGGAGCCCAUCCCUAAGGUGGGAGCCCACACUGCUCUCAACUUGAUCAAAGAGCACAAAUCUAUUGAGAAGGUCCUCGAAUUUAUGAAGAACGACCCGAAGAAGAAGUUCGUGGUCCCCGAAGAAUGGCCAUACCAAGAUGCACGGGACCUGUUCACCCACCCGGACGUUCAUCCUGCAGACCACCCUGACUGUGACUUCAAAUGGGAUGGUCCUAACGUCGAAGGCCUCAUUGAUUUCCUGGUCAAGGACAAGGGAUUCAACGAGGACCGUGUGCGCAACGGUGCGGCGCGCCUGUCUAAGCACUUGAAGGUCGCUCAACAGUCCCGCCUGGAAGGAUUCUUCAAACCCGUUGCCAAGACUGAAGACCAAAAGGCUUCCCUCAAGCGCAAGAAUGAUGAGAAGCUCCAGCAGCAGAAGAAGAAAAAGAAGGACGAUGCAAAGGCGAAGAAAGAUUCCAAAGCCAAGCCCCGUGGGGCGGGCUAG